AUGUAUAUCGCCAGUGUUCUUUCGUUUAUGGCGAUGGCGGCCGCGGCCGUGGCCAUGCCUCCCGCAUGCACACUGGCGUGCAUCAACGACCAGGCGCACCUCUGCGCCAAAAGCCAUCUGGACUUCGGCUGUCUGUGUGCUUCCAGGGCCCAUAUCCUCAGAUGUCUGAUCGAUAAAUGCCCCUUUGGCAACUACCUGCCCGCCAGGGACCACUAUCUGGGCACGUGCAUCGAGCGAAUCCCCGCCCUGGCCUCCAGCCCGCUCUACAAUAUUCAUCUGAGAGAGCGCGAGCCACCGUCGGCGUCGAACCAUGCGUACUGGAUCUGGGACGCCAAAAACCCGGCCUCGGGCGUCAUCAUCAACGGCACAACUGUGGUUGAUGCCAACCGCACCAAGAACAGCGCGGCAGGCAAGAGGCUGCCGAAAACGGUCUCGAGGGGAGAUUACUUCAGAGACGAAGAGAAAGCUCGUGACUCAGACAGCAAGCAGCUCGCAACCCUGGAGCAGGAGUACGAAAAGAUGCGGCAUCAGUUCUCGUACAUGCGCAAGCAGUAUGUGGAGUCUGAGGCUAAAGUGCCAAUGGAGCAGCACCUGGGAGACUCCUUGAUUGCGCCGCUGGCUUCCAAAAUCUCCACGCCUUCGUACGAGACACUGCCCGAGUCGAACGCCCCAGAUCCUGCAAAAGAAGAACCCACGCUGCACCUCCGGUUUGCAACCCAGCAGCAAUUGUUUGAUUCGCAUUUCGGAAAGCAGCAACCACACUUUGCAACAGGCAGCCAGGAUAUGGAAGACAUGAUCCGGCAGCUAGAUGACGCACUUGCCAUCGAAAGCGGCGAUUUGGGCGAAGAUGACGAUGAGGACGGAUACGAGGAGGCAACGGUUGCAGACGCCUUGAAAAAAGGGGUCGUCAAAAAGCUGGCAAAGUCUAGAAAAAGCAAGUCUAAAAAAACGCGCGCUAAGUCGAAACACGCUGCCCCCGGUAACAACGGUCUUGCAGGCAAAAAGAUUCGGUUUUCGUCGAAUAUCUUCAGGACGCCCAACUGA